GCUGUUCCGAGUGUCCAUGAUGAUCAUAUGCAGCGACAAGGAGGCGACAUCAUCAGUUACAACUACAGACCAUCUAGAGGUUUUAUUCUCUAAUGGGCUCUCUGUCUCUGAGGGUGAAGUCAGAAGCUUGCACUCCCUGAUGUGAUGCAGCACAAGGUCGUACCUUGGGCUAUGCAGCUUUUGGCUGAGUAGUUCUCCGUUAAAUCACCUCCAUGCUCUCCAGACGUUCUGAGCGAUGACAGACCAACUUUAUCACAGGGAGACACGUCUAAAGUAGACCAUGUCUAAAGAGGAUCAAGAUCUGCUCAGAGGUUGUACAUUAGAUGCAUCUCAGGAUUCAAGAAUCCCAAUUUGCUGCAAACAUAAUGAGUCUUGAUGCUUGGGCUAUAAAGCUGUUUGAAGUCCAUGCCAAAGCCAGCUACCUUUUCCUGAAGAGCGAGUGAUGCACGCUUUAAGCUGUGUGUGCGUGUAGCGUGAGCAGGAGCCAUCGGUGCGAGUGUGUGCGCCCGCGUGUGUGUCUGAAGAGAGAGAGAGAGAGAUAGAGAGAGAGAGAGAGAGAGACAGGCAGACUGAGCCCCUAACACGGAGCAUGCCUCUGCGUUCGGCAGCCGGCAAACAUGAGCCACCCAGCCCUCCACGGCAGGACCAGCAGCAGCAGCACACACACACACACCCACACACACUCACACACCCUUACACACACGCAGCAAACGGCAGCCAGGGGGGCAGCACUGACAGCAGCAGCUCCCAGGAAGAGGACAGCGGAUUUCCCAUUCCCGUUGGUGUUCCGGUUUUUCGUCCCGGUGCAGAGUGGAGCCGUAGUGCAAGAGCACCCAUGGAGGAGCCUACAGGCAACACGGUGGUCAUCCGCAUUGGAAUCCCAGACCUACAACAGACGAAAUGUAUGAAAUUCAAUGUGGAUGCUCCUAUAUGGCUGUCCAAACAGCGGAUCCUAUGUACCCUCAACCAGAGCCUGAAGGAUGUACUCAACUAUGGCCUGUUCCAGCCGGCAUACAACGGCAAGGCUGGCAAGUUUCUAGAUGAGGAGAGACAGCUAAGGGAAUACCCCUUCCCCUCCAUCGCUCCUGUACCUUACCUGGAGUUCCGCUAUAAAAGACGUGUCUACACACAGACCCACCUGGAUGAAAAGCAGCUGUCUAAGCUCCACACCAAGGCUAACCUGAAGAAGUUUAUGGAGUAUGUACAGCAGAGGAACACUGAAAAGGUCUCAAGGUUCCUGGACAAAGGCCUGGACCCCAACUUUCAUGAUCCAGACACAGGAGAAUGUCCUCUAACACUGGCUGCACAGCUGGAGGGAUGUGCAGAUCUCAUCAAGGUGCUGAAGAGUGGAGGGGCGCAUCUGGACUUCAGAACAAAAGAUGGCAUUACCUCCCUACACAAGGCAGUGCGCAGCAAGAACCAUACAGCACUUAUAACACUGUUGGACUUGGGUGCAUCACCUGAUUAUAAAGACAGCAGGGGGUUGACUCCUCUCUAUCACAGCUCCAUGGUGGGAGGAGACCCCUACUGCUGUGAGCUGUUGCUGCAUGACCAUGCACAGGUCGGCUGUGUGGAUGAGAAUGGCUGGCAAGAGAUUCACCAGGCAUGCCGCUAUGGCCAUGUGCAGCACCUGGAGCAUCUGUUGUUUUACGGAGCUGACAUGAGUGCCCAGAAUGCAUCUGGAAACACUGCCCUGCAUGUGUGUGCCCUCUACAACCAGGAAAGCUGUGCACGAGUUCUGCUGUUUCGAGGGGCAAAUAAAGAGAUAAAGAACUACAACAGCCAGACUGCGUUUCAGGUGGCUAUUAUAGCAGGAAACUUUGAUCUGGCUGAAAUCAUAAAGGUCCACAAAGCAUCAGAUGUUGUGCCUUUCAGGGAGACCCCCUCCUACACCAACCGUCGACGAGUGAUGACUGGCCCCCUGCCCUCACCACGCUCACUACUCCGCUCUGCGAGUGACAACAACCUGAACGGAGACCAUGAUCACAUCCACGGUCCAACCUCCAGAGAAAUUCGUGGCCGUCAGGGUCACUCCCCUGUCCCUUCACUGCGAAGCCUGCCAGCAUUUGGGCAGCAGCACAGCAGCCUCGGAGAGAGUCGACAUGGAGACAUCCAUGACAGCAGUCUCCAGAGCACAGGCAGCUCUAGGUCCUCCCAUUCUCGUUCGCCUUCACUACAUCAUUUGCACGAAGAAGAAAAGCCAGUUCCCAGAAGGUCCCACAGCUAUGGCUACCCUCAUGGACACAGCCAUCGUGGAAGACUCAGCCCCGGCUCUGUCCAGCGAGACCCAAGCCCUCCACAUCACACCCCUCCAGCAUUGACCGGCCCUCGAGGGCCCAAACGGAAACUCUAUAGUGCUGUCCCAGGACGUACCUUCAUUGUGGUCAAGCCCUACACGCCACAGGGGGAGGGAGAGAUCCAACUUAAUCGUGGAGAGAGAGUCAAAGUGCUAAGUAUAGGAGAAGGAGGCUUCUGGGAAGGCACGGUCAAAGGAAGGACUGGCUGGUUCCCAGCAGACUAUGUGGAAGAAGUUCAGAUGAGGCAGUAUGACCCACGGUUAGAGACUCGAGAGGACCGCACCAAGAGAUUGUUCAGACACUACACUGUGGGAUCCUAUGACAACUUCACCUCAUACAGUGACUAUAUCAUAGAGGAGAAGAAUGCAGUUUUACAGAAGAAGGAAAGCGAGGGGUUUGGCUUUGUCCUGCGUGGAGCCAAAGCUGAGACGCCCAUCGAAGAGUUCACCCCCACCCCAGCAUUCCCCGCCCUGCAAUACCUGGAGUCUGUGGAUGUGGAAGGAGUGGCCUGGAGGGCUGGUCUGAGGACAGGAGACUUUCUCAUUGAGGUUAAUGGCGUGAAUGUAGUGAAGGUGGGCCAUAAGCAGGUGGUGUCCUUGAUUAGACAAGGAGGUAACAGGCUGCUGAUGAAGGUGGUGUCCGUGUCACGGAAACCUGAGACGGAGGAAGUCGUUCGCAAGAAAGCUCCCCCACCACCCAAGAGGGCUCCAAGUACUACCCUGACACUGCGCUCUAAGUCCAUGACCGCUGAGCUGGAAGAACUGGCUUCUGCUCGGAGGAGAAGAGGAGAGAGGCUUGAUGAGAUGUUGGCAUCCCAAGAGUCUAUGUUGCGUUCUCAGCCCUUGGAGGCAGAUUACAGAGCAGCCACUGUCAAACAAAGACCUACCAGCAGGAGAAUAACACCAGCAGAGAUCAGCUCACUGUUUGAGAGACAAGGGAUGACUCUACAUGGAGCUCUUCACCCAGGCAUUGAGAGAGGUCACAUACCAGUACCAAAGGGGAUGUCUAGGACCAAGUCUUUUGGCGCCACUGAGGAGGACCGGUUAUCUGCCCUUGCAGCCGAGCACAGGUUCCCCCGCAGUUCCUCCAUGACGGACAGCUUCAGAGACCACUCACAGCCCCAUCCCAUUCCUCCACCUCCACAAAUGGCACCUCCACCUCCUCCAUAUUACCUAGACACCGGUCCUCCACCAGCCUUCUGCCCCCCUCCUCCCCCAUCCAGGACUCAGAGUCAGGGCCAUGAGCCUGGGGGACGCUCCAGCUUCAAGCCCUCGUCCUUGGACCUGCCUUAUGAAGCUGCUCAGCGGCAGGCCACACACAUCGAGAGACAGAAGAAGGCUCGCUCUAUGAUCAUCCUCCAGGACUCUUCGCAUUUACCUGUAGAACCUACAGAAAUUCCGCGUCCUUCUGUAGCUACUCCACCUGAACGAGUCAAAAGGAAGGGUCGGGUUAUUGACAACCCUUAUGCUAACGUGGGUCAAUUUAGCAUUGGACUUUACACUCCCACCAAGCCCCAGAGGAAGAAAAGUCCCCUGGUGAAACAACUACAGGUGGAAGAUGCACAAGAAAAAGCUAGUUUGGCUUUAGCCGCUGUCCACUCAAGAGAGAGCUCACCCUCAGGACGACACUCACAUGUUCAUGGACACUCCCACACUAGCCGUGCAGACUACUAUCAGCAGCAGCUGAUGGCUGAGCGAGAGCGUCUGCAUGCCCAGGGCGAGAUGGUGUUUCAGGGUAAGGGCCCCUUUGCUGCUGCUAUUGCUGGAGCGGUGAAAGACCGUGAGCGUCGCCUAGAGGAGCGGAGGAAAUCCACUGUCUUCCUUUCUGUUGGGACCAUGGAGGGGGCAUCCACAACCAGCUCGGAUUCCCCCUCUUUAACUCAGUCUCACUCCAUCGAUGAACGGAUGCUCACUCGAGAGCUUGGACAGCUGCCUCCCCCUGCCUUGGCCCUGAGCCCCUCACCCAGUGGGACCACCUUUAUUCAUCCACUUACAGGAAAGCCCCUGGACCCUAAUUCUCCUCUGGCUCUUGCGCUGGCCGCAAGGGAGAGGGCCCUGACUUCCCAGAGCCAGUCACCCACUGGCAGCCCAGAGCCCAGGACUAAACAGGAGCGGGUAAGCCAGAGUGUUAUGUUCAUUGAGCCUCAGACCAAAGAGUCUUCACGUGGGGAGGGGGCACCCCCAUCUCCCCCUUUUUCCCCUAAAACCGCCAAGGCAGUGGGGUUUGGAGUUGGACCAACCCCAGCAUCAAUCCUUGUUCCCCAGCCCACCAAACCACAGUGGGCCUCAUCACCAUCCUCUGUAUCAUUCCGACAGGAGAUGGAAGCGCGGGUAGAGGAGAGGAAGGAGGAGAAGAGACUAGAAGAUAAAAAGAGUAUGUUGAUCAGUAUUAUGGACACGUCGCAGCAGAAGACAGCAGGGCUGAUCAUGGUCCAUGCUACCAGUAACGGCCAAGCUGUCGGAGUUGGUUCAGAGGUAGAAAAGACGCCUGCCCCAACAUCCACAGAGCCAAGCAAAUCUCCAAGUCCACGGGCUAAAUCCCCAAGUCCAGCAGCCUCCCAGGCUCAGCUCCAGACCCAUCCUCAAACACAGCGUCCUACCAGUCCAGCCCAAGAGAAGAGUCUGGCUCAGGGAAGCUCAGAGGAGGACGUGGACCCAUACACAGUGACCUUGCCUCCUGCCAUGUUGUCCUCCAGUGAUGAGGAAACAAGAGAGGAGCUGCGUAAGAUAGGAGUUGUCCCUCCUCCUGAUGAGUUUGCUAACGGGCUGCUGGCACAGGCACAGGGAACACCAGUGUCCCCACCUAAACCUGCCUCCACUCCCACCACCCCUACAACACCGACACCCCAGACUCCCUCAACCCCAUCUACUCCAACCGUGACCCCAACGCAGCCUCAGCCUCCCCAGCCUCCACCUCCACCCAGUGCAGCAGCUGUCUCAGGGAAGCCCACUGACCCUCUGGAGCCCCCACAGGUGGGUGAUUCUUGCUCUGCAGCUGACUCGGGCGUGGAGGAGGCUGACACACGCAGCUCCAGUGAGAGAGAGCGAGACCACCACCUCGAGACCACCAGCACCGUCUCCACAGUUUCCAGCAUGUCCACAUUGUCCUCAGAAAGCGGCGAGCCUGCCGACACACACACCACGCACACCUCUUACGCCGACGGGCAGACUUUUGUGCUCGACAAGCCGCCAGUGCCUCCUAAGCCUCGACUCAAGUCCCAGAUAGGAGGCGGUAAAGGCCCCGUCACCUUCAGGGACCCUCUGCUAAAGCAGAGCUCUGACAGUGAGCUUCUAUCACAGCAACAAGCUGCUGCUCUGGCUGCAGCAGCCGGAGGAGCUGGGCUGCCCUCAGGUGGUUCAGCAUCAGUGACUGGACUAGCCCCCACCAAGCCACGCUACCUCUUCCAGCGGAGGUCCAAGCUGUGGGGGGACCCAGUGGAGCCUCGUGGGCCAGGGGUGGGGCUAGGCAUAGGGAGUUUGGGCAAUCUUGGUGGACUGGGACUGGGGCUGGGUGCAGACGAGGGAGCAAAACCAUCAGUUAUGGGGGAGCUCAGUUCUCGACUACAGCAGCUAAAUAAAGACACUAGGUCACUGGGAGAAGAACCACUGGGAGCAUCACUAGAUCCUGGGAGGAAGUCUCCGGUGGCAGGUGCCAGACUUUUCAGCAGCCUAGGAGAGCUCCACACCAUUUCUCAGAGAAGUUAUGGCACCACGUUCACCAUCCGCCCUGGUAGCCGUUACCCAGUCACCCGACGCGCCCCCAGCCCAGGUUCAGGCUCACCUGACCGGGGCGAUCCUCUUGGACGUUUCUCAGGCUUCGGCCUACCAACCUCACCAACUACACCCCCACAAACCAUCCUCAAAUCCUCCAGCCUCAGCCUCCCCCAGGAGCCUAAAGAAGUCCGCUUUGUGAUGAGGAGCUCCAGCGCCCGUUCCCGCUCUCGCUCCCCAUCCCCAUCACCUUCCCAUUCGCCUGGGCUGGGCUCACCACUUUUAGCCCUCCGACCCUUCCACCAGAAACCUCUCCACCUCUGGAAUAAGUACGAUGUAGGAGACUGGCUGGAGAGCAUCAAUUUAGGAGAGCACAGAGCAGGGUUUCAGGACCAUGAGAUCGAGGGCUCUCACCUCCCAGCUCUCACUAAGGAUGACUUUGCAGAGCUGGGAGUGACACGCGUUGGACACCGUAUGAACAUUGAACGAGCACUGAAAAUGCUGCUAGAGAGCUGACCCCUGCCCUGAGCCACACAAAGAGAAAGAUGAAGAUCUGCGAGUUACAGAGUCGAUUGAAGAGAAACAAUGAGGACCACUCCUCCUUUACUCUGGCUGCUUUUAAGUUCUGCAUCACCAGUGUUUACCUGUGGUCCUUGACCACACAUUUUGUUCCUGUCUCAUUAAUACCCUGCACUCUGCACUGCACUGAAGAGGAGGAAUCAGUCCAUUCAUUCCCCUCCACUCAGGCCUUAGUGUCUGGCCGCCUUCUGACCUGAAUUCAAAAAGAUCAGACCUCAAAAUGAGCUCUUUUUUUUUCCUCACUGAGGAGAAUCCUACGAGCUCCAAUUAAAACAUUAAAUUUGUGAAAGAUUCAGUUAUUUCCUGAGUAUGCCCCAAGUGUUCUCCCUCACUAGUCCCUUCACUCCUCUCUACCUCUACCCCUCCAUCUCUGAGGCCCCUGGAAGCCUUUUGAAGUUCGAGUAAAGGAGGAGGAGGUGAAAGAAUUUUUUCUUUCCAAACAGGAAGCUCAGUUGCCUUUCAAAAUAUUUCUACAGAGAUCAUCAGUGAUGAACACAGGACUAUGAGCAUAUAUAGCUAUACCUGCUGUUGUUUUUAAACCGAAGACUUUGAGCCCAGAGGUGGAGCUCCACAAAGUAAACCAUGGGAGAAACCCCUCCGCCUUGGUAUCCAGACUGUGCUAUCUAUUAUAUUUGGAGAAUGUUUAACCAACACUCGUGGCUUUUUUCAUAAUCAAUUUUUUGGUUUUCCAAAGGGAAUAUUAUAUAUAUAGGUAUUAUAUAAUAUGAUAUACAAUAUAUGUAUUGAAAUAUAGCUUUCAGAAGAAAAGACAAUGUUGCAAAGAGGAAAUGUAAUAAAUUAAUCUGCGCCUGUUUUUGGUUUUUAGUAUAGAAGGCAGAGAAAUCUUUAAAUUUAUUCCACCAAUAGUUUACUCAUUUCUACCGAUUAUAUAUACAUAUAUAUAAAUAUAUAUAUUUGAAAUUUGAAAAAAGUAUAUAGAUAUGAAAAAGAAAGUUUUGUCAUAGGUAUACAGUUUCCUCAUGGUCACCCUUUCUUGAACCGUAGCAUGAAGAGUUGCAUCAUGUCUUGGACCGAGAGUGUGUUUGUUUUUAUUUUCUUACGGUCUUCCUUCAUAUUAAAGGGCAUCCCGUAAUGUGAGGCUAAGACCCCAGUCGACUCCCAUCCCUACUGCUGCAUCUGCAGACAUGGCCUGACGUGGUUGUGACUCAGCUUUACCCACAGAAACAUGUAGAAAGGACCACUGACUGAAACAGCUGCUUGGUAUAAAGAGGCCCUUCAUCUUUUGUCUGUGAACCACUCAGGGAUGGAAGUUUGGGACACUAGCAUGGAGAUAUUGUUGGCUGUUAUUUUGAUACUAUUCUUUUCAAUAUAUGCCUUUGAGGACAAUUUAACACCACAGUUUGAAAACUGUUUGAGGGCUAGUUAAAAAAAUUCCAUCCCUGCAACCCCUGAUGAUGCCUCUCAGACUAGGCUGGCAUAGAGAGAAUAGGAGAGCAAAGAAGGUAAAAGUUGGAUUGUUCCCCUCACUCAUAGAGAAAUAAUCAUGAAAGAACAAGAGAGCAGACAACUGUCAGGAUUAAUUUUCACAGCAGAUAUAAACAGCUAUUUAGUGUGUGAACAAAGCUGAAUUAAGCUUUAACUGUUGAAUUAUAUUGUCCUUUAAAUUUACUUCAGUAUAAGCAUCUCGGUUUAUACAAACUGAACUUAAAGCUUGUGCCCCUCUGAAAUGCCACGGCAGGAAAUGUGUCAGUAGUCUAUCAGGCUGUGGGGAUGGGAAAGCCUCUGUGAGGUCUGUGAGGAAAAUUCAGGAUUUUACAACCUGGCAGUGUCUACAACAUCGCUGCUUCCUUGUAUCUUUGCAGUUUACUUAGUGAUUAAAAUAUUAUCAUAAACAGAAGCAGCCAGGACUGUAAAAAAUAAGACCCAGGUUGUAAGAGCAAAAAAAUAAAAUAAUACAAAUACAACUGAAUUUUCCUUUAACAAUACAAAAUCUACAAUUGUACUUAUGAGUAGCUUCUGCUGGCAGUGAGAAACAGUGAGUUUUAUUCACGCAACAAAAGCAUUUUAUCCAUGGCUUUUCUCUAACAGAAGGCUGCCAGGUGAUCUCUAUUACUACUAAAAAAACGCACAUCAGCAGAUUCAGUCAGUACGCCAAGGCACUUUAACUUGGCGAAAAGCUCUGUGCAUCUUUUUUCUUCUUUUUUUGCUAGCAGUUUGUAAAAGCGGGUGGAGAAAAUCUUGUCGUAUCUGGGUUGUAGGAAUAGCACUCACUGCCUCACUGUGACCUCACUGAUUUCUUUUCUUCUGACUCCAGUGUUACAGUCUGAUUCAUUUGAACUCUCUGUGUUUCCUUGUUUAUUUGGUUGAUUUGUUACCCUCAGACACUGUGGGUAGAUUUUGUAGCGUGUGGAACAUGAUACUUUAAUCUUUCACUCAUUUGAAUUUUAGAGUGACAGAAAAAUAUGAAGAAAAAAAACAAAUAUUCUGUCCAUUCUAAACCUACUUACACUUGUACAAAUGAACAAACUACAAAUAUUUGCUUUUUUAAAAUCACAAGCAAUGUAUAUAUGAUAGAUUUCAUAUAAAUUUUUGAAAAAAGUAUAUAGAUCUAUAUAUGAAUGUUUGGCAUAUAUGCAUAGUUAACCACCUGUGGAAAGGUGAGCAGAUUUUAUUCUUUCUAUGAACUCUUGAACUUUUGAAUUCUGAACUAUGAACUAGGGGAUGAUUUGCACAAAACAAGGUGACAAGGUGCUAACAUAAAAGCCACCCAACGUCCAAGCGCAUGCGUGCAUCUGGAUUCCCUGAAUCUCUGUGUGGUCGUUCCUUUCACCGUGUGCGUGUGAAUGUGUGAGUAUGCGUGAGUAUGCGUGCAGAUGCUUGUUUAUUCCUUUUUUGUGUGUGUGUUUGUUUGAGUGAGUGUACGGUUGAUUGUUAGGGUUUACAUCUUUGGAGUUAGUCCACUAUAGCCUUACUGUAUUACCAUCAGAGAUUCCCGGCAGUGGCUGUGUCACACAAACACACACACAUAACAUACACACAAACAGAAAAAUGCGCACACGCACACUCAUGUAUAGUUUCACAUCCAUCAUUUUUCUGCAUCCUUGUUUUGCUUUUUAAAAUGUGGACUGCUCUGCCAUAGACAGAGAGAAAGAUGAACACAUAGUGUUGAAUGAAACCAUUGUGGCAUUUUAUAUUGCAGAACAACCUGAACUCAACUUGUGACUGUGUAGGUGCGACUUAUGCAGUGUCACUGUUUUGUACACACGUUCCCAGAUAGCAUUACGCGCUCCUUACCCUCCACUCUGUCUGGCAGCACUCCUUUUUCCUUUUUCAGACCUUCAGUUUCUGAGUUUUUUGAGAUGCUAUAUGAGGUGAUUAAGUGAGGAAUAAACAACACAAAGGAAAAUGUGCCAAAAAAUAACUUUUAACUGUAUAUUUAUCUUUGCUUUAGGACUAUCUUAGUUACAGCAUUCUUGAGCUGUUAGACUCAAUAAUAUGGUGCCAUCUCCUGGAAAUCUUGAGAACUACGGACAUUUGUUAGAUAUCUCUGUAUUUCCGACAGGUGGAAAUGCAGUCAUUGUUAUUAUUUUAUGAAGUAGCAGGCUAGUGCAUUUAUACAUUUAUAUAUGUGGAUAUAACGGAUUAUAUCUAUAUAUAUAUAUUCUAUAAAGCCUGUGUAUAACUACCUGUGAGCUUUGCAUUAACCUUUCUCUUUACAUUUUGAGACAGAGUAUCACAACUGCUUGAUUUUACUGUGAUGAAGGAUAUUAUCCAGCUUUGCUUACUUUUCCCAUAAAAAUAAACAAAACACAAACACACACACGAGGUGAAUGUGUAUAGUUUGGAAUCACACAGGCUGGCCUGGUUUAAACCUUAACGCUGUAGUGAAUACCUGGUCAGAUGGUUGUGUAUGUUUACCACUAAUACAGAUGCAAAAUGAUGCUACAGAGCAAUGUGUAAUUGAACUUACACACCAUUAGGUCAAAUAAGUUAAGUGAAGGGGUUAUCUUUGUCUUAUUUCUAAUCAACAAAGCACAAUCUACAUAGCAUAGGGGGAGCAGUGUAACCUUUUUAAAAACCCACUGGGGUCCAGUCAUCCACUGGAACCAGUGAUCUUAUCAUCAAAGGGGUUUUUUCUUUCAUUGUUGGUUUUCUCCUUGUUUGCACUGUGAAGUUUAGAAAGGUGGAAGUAUCCCUGCAAUGCCUCAGCCUUGUCUCACUGUGAACAUCCCCUUCUCAGCAUCCAAUAAACCCAGAAAAUCAUUUACAGCUUUCUCUUAGUGACUUCUGGAUUCUUAAAGUGUUAAAGCCCCCUCCCUUUUAAUAAAUGAAGGCCCAAGUUUAAUAACGGUUAACCAGAAGCUACCUAGUAUUUUUCAUGCAAACAGAGAAAGGGCGAUACUGAAGUUUGAGACAAGAUCUGAGCCGUUUUCCAGGAUAUCUCCACCACAGAGAUAUAUGUUUGUU